AUGGCUCACGCAAUCGUUCGAAAUUCGAAUCCAUUUUGGAUUGAUGAAAAACAUGACUUUAUUCAAUCGUUUCUAAAUCAUCCACGUAUAGUUCAUGCUGAAUUAUCUACUAAUAAUGAUGAAUACGAUAUUGUUGUUAUUGGUACUGGUUUAUCGGGCGCCGGCUGUGUUUAUUGGUUACGUAAACUUUAUCCAGUUGAACGCUUUCCACGUAUACUUUUACUUGAGAAAAAUGCUCGACCUUGUUCUGGUGCAUCGGGUCGUAAUGGUGGGUUUCUUUGGCCUAGUUAUGAUUAUUUAGCUGGCUAUGCUGAAGAUUUUGGUUAUGAAAAUGGUUGUCAAUGGAUUGAGUUUCAACAUGAAAAUAUUCGAUCUAUAGCACAAGCUGUAGAAGAAAAUAAAAUCGAUUGUGAUAUAAAUAUAACUCGUGGAAAUGUUGCUUUAGCUCGUAAUACAGAAGAAUUAAAAAAUAUAGUCAAGUCUUAUGAAUUAAUGAAAGACUACUUAGAAACACAUUCUAAAACUAAGAUGUCGUUAGAUAAUCUUGAAUUGUGGGAUCAUGAAAAAUGUCAAGAAAUGUUACAUUCCAAUAAAUUUAUUGGUGGACUUUUCAUGCGUGAAUCCGGUACAGUUUGGGUUGCAAAAUUAGUUUAUGGUUUACUUAAAUACUGCCUUGAUCAACCUGGUGUUGAAUUAAUUACACAAGGUAAAGUAAUUCGUAUUGAAGAUUCAAAAAAUAUCAUUCUUGAAAAUGGCCGAGUAAUUGUUGCACGCCAAGCCAUUGUUCAUGCAACAAAUGCUUAUGCUGUUGAAUAUUUGGAUUUUGUACGAGAUAAAAUUAUUCCAACACGUGGCCAGUGUUGUCGUUCGAAGCCUAUGGAAACAAUUUUUUGGCCAUUUGGUUUAUCGGCACAUGACGGAAGAGAAUAUUACCAUCAGUCACCUAAAGAUGGUCGUAUUGUAUUUGGUGGUUGCCGUUGGAGAAGUCCUGAUACUGAACAUAAUAAUCAAAAUGAUGCCGAAAUAAACCAUUUGAUUGGAGAAGAACACGAGAAAUUCUUUUCUCUAUGGCAUCCAGGCAUUGCAGAAAAAAGUCUUACUGUUGAAAUUGAUCAAGAAUGGACAGGUAUUAUGGGAUUUACUGUUGAUCAUCUACCAUUAAUUGGACCGUUACCAAAGGAUAAUAAACAAUUUCUCUUGGGUGGUUAUAAUGGUAAUGGAAUGCCCAAUGGAUUUCUAUGUGCGAAAGCAAUCGCUCGUAUGAUUGCAAACGACGAUCCGUGUAGAGAAGGAGAAGAAAACAAUACAGUCACUUUUCUAAAAAUGUUCUUACCUGAACGAUUUGAUAAUCCAAAUAUAGUACAAACAUCACAGAAAAAUCGUCAUUGA